AUGCCCCCACGAGGCACCACAAAGGUCGUCAGGGCCGCAAAGAAGAGGAAGAACGUGGACAGAAGCGACGAUGAGUCUGACUCUGACUUUGAUUAUACCCACCACUCCAAGCAAAGGAACACCUCAAAGCAAAAGCCUCGCCAGGGACGCCAGGAACAUAGCUCAAAGGUCCAAGUCGUCCGCUCCUCCCACAAGCAGAAGCAACACGCUGUCCCUUCACUCUCGGCAUCAGACAGUCCUUCGCCUCCAGCCGACGGCUGGAGAGCAGAGCUUUCCGAAAUGAAGCGAACCAAGCGAUUCACGGAGGACGACCGAGGGUUCGUGUUCACAAGGAAAAAGAAAAUUGCAGUGGAAGCAGUGCCAGAAGUAUCAAAACCCGUUCGCAGUAGAUAUGUCGUCGACGACAACCUCGCACAUUCGACACCCCUCCGACCGCCGACACCAGAACGGACACCCUCCAAGGACAAAACCCGCCGAGGAGCAUUAGCCUCAUCGACCCGCCAAGUACCUUCUGCGGACCUAUCGACACCUCGCAAUGUGCGCCGACUUACUUUCCAGACGCCCGAUAACUUUGUAGACACGGACGUCGCCAUUCCUAUGAGAGAGACGCCCACAAUCAACAAGAACAAGGACUUACGGAGCGCUAACAGGAGGUCAAGUUUGACCAUGCGCGGUAAACGCGCUUCUUCCAUUGGAAACGGAUUCACAGCUCUCCCACAUCCGUCGUUGGACCCAAAGACGUUCUUCCGACAUAUUUCUGCAGACGACCCGGCUCCCAUUCGGAUGAAGCAAUUGAUGGCAUGGUGUGCGCGAAUUUCAAUCGACAAACAGCGGAGCAAGUCUCAGACAGCUCUCAGGAUUGCCAAGGGGGUGGAGGAGGAAGUGUUGGCAAUGUUGAUAUCGGGACAGUUUAGUGUCUCAUGGUACAGCCGACCCCUGGACAAAGACCCCAUCCGGACGGCACCCAAAAAGCCCCAUCAACAAAACACGGAGAACAUGCGGAAGCUGAGGGAAUGUGAGGCCCAGAUUGCAAAGUUACGCAAGGAGGACGAGGAUUGGACAAAGGUGAUCAGCUCCUUCAACACCUUCCAUGCGGCGCUGGUGGAUAGCGGGGCGAAGCUUCCGCCGGGUAAUGAACCAGUUUUCAUGCCAGAGUCCUUUGUGGAAGAGAUUGACCUAAAUCUGCUGACGGCGGAUGAGAGGAGUCUUUGGGAGAAGCAUUGCAAACCCAAGGAGGGGACCUCUACACCGAGCAAGUCGCUGAAAGCAGGGACUCAAGCUAACGGCGCUGGACAAUCUAGGCGCGAUAGCAACAAGUGGAUGACCGAAAUGAUGAGCACCCUAGAAACAGAGGUGGAUAGUCUUCGAGAUACGCUGUAUUCUGCGUCUCGGUUCGACAAGAUGGCUAAACAGUAUACGGACCAAGUACUGGAGCAGAUUGCACUGGCAUUGGACGAACGGCAACACCCGCGGACGACGGAGAGUAGUAUACCCCUGCUGGCGGGGAUCCAGGCAUCCUCAUCUACUUCUUCUUCUCUUCUUUCGGCUGCGGGUGCUAAGGAUGGCUCUAUACCAACAACAAAAUCGGCAUUAUCUAGUUCUCGGGCAGGUGGCAUUGUUAGUAGUAGUAGUGGUGGCGGUGGCUUUGGUCCUGAUAGCGUAGACGACCCACGGCAGAUUUUGCGCGCCUUGUCACGGCUUAGUCUAUAG